AUGGAUUUCGACAGCCUUCCCAGAAGAGAUCUCCAGUUUUUCUGUAAGAAGAACAAAAUCCCGGCUAAUAUGACCAAUGUCGCCAUGGCUGAUGCUCUCAAAGCUCUUGAGAUUGUUGAAGGUAUUGAAGAGUUUGCGAAUCAAUCUCCGACAAGCGUAGCAAAGAAUCUACCAAGUGCUGCUCGUACUGCAGCUAGAACAACUCGAAGAAAGACCAAAGAUGAAACUCAAUCAUCAGAUUUGGUGACCCGUUCUUGCAAUGUGACGACCAAGUCCCUAGCUGGAGAACUGGAACAAGAAAACAGAGACGCGAACGUGCUCCAGAAUCCAUCGGUACCUCAAGGCCGUAGAGGAGCAGCAGUUACCUCGAUUGCUAUAGAUCUGGGGGCUACCGAUCUGAAGCCUGAAACCAAUGUGAGCAAAACUCCAGCGCCGCGAAGCACAAGGAGGGCUCAGGCAGCUGCAUCGUCUAAGAAGGAUGAGUCGGUCCAGCGAGUGUACAGCACUAGAAGGUCAGUCAAAUUACUAGAAGAAUCCAUGGCUGACCUCAGUUUGAAGACUAAUGAAUCCCUAAAUGUACCUGCUAAGAAGCACGAAGAUGCUGAAAGAGAAGAUUUGCCAGCAGGUUCCAACUUCCAGGCAAAAUCUGAUGACAACUCUGAAAAAACCGAGGAGGCUGAAGUUAUCUCAGUGAGAGAUUUAAAUUAUUCGUUGGAGAAGGAAUGGGAUGGUUCAAAGAGUGAUCCAGAUCUUGAUGUUUUAUAUGGCGAUCUUGGUGAUAUCACUUUCUCUGAUGCAACCAGUAAGGAGCAGAUGAAUGGAACAGAGUCCAACACCGUUCCAGCUUCGGAUAGUUUUGUUCAAGUCGAAGAUGAUGAUUCUGGUGGUGUUGUCGACACAAACCAGGAGGCAUUUGGGUCUAAAGUCACUGCUAGUGAUGAUGCGAGUAAGGUGGACUCUGUUCCAACAGUUCUGAUGGCUGAUGAAUCGGAGGAACUCGAAUCAGAUAACGACUCAGAAGAAAGUUUCAAGCCUGAAGAACCGAUGGACCAUGAAUCAGAGGUGCCUCCGGUUUCAGACAAGACGAAGACUCAAGCUUCCUCUUCAACUUUACCUCUGGAUAGGAAAUAUCACGAAUCAGACAGCGAUGAAUGGUCUGAUUUUGAGAUUGAUAUAUCCGAGACGGAGGAAAACAGCUGCGGUUCUGAAGAACUGAUUGAUUCUGAAUCAGAAGAGGCUCCUGUUUCAGACAAGAAGAUUCCAGCUUCAUCUUCAACUCUUGCCGGUAAAGGAUCAUUCUCAGAUCCAAACAAAUCAGCUCUAGAGGCGGCCUCUGUUGCAGACAACAUGAACAAGGAGAAUGCUGAGGAGACGGUUCUUAACAACAAUGGAGAGAGAAAAGUAGAAGCCGAGGAUAAGAAGAAGAAGAAGACGAUCGAUGAAGAGAGCCUCAAGGACGUAAGCAUGAGGCAACUAACAAAGAUGGUGAAAGAAUUUACUAUUAAGAGCAAGCAACAACACAAGUGCUUAGAGUAG